GGGACCCGCGCCCACCGCAAGACCGUUCUGCUGAUAUCACAGCGAGAUAGUAACAAUGGCUGUUGCUGUGCCGUUUCUCGCUCCGUCGCCUGACCUCCUCCGUGCUUUUCGUCAACUGCACCGUCUUGAGUUGCAGUACUUUCUCUCCGCCGAUGGCGCAAUACCUUCCACCGGCAUCAACCCGACCACACUGGUUCUCUAUGGAGAAAUACUGGCCGUCGUUACGGGCAUUAAACCAUGCGUAGCCGGCUGGUUCGGUGGAUGCGGUGAAGAUCAGGAAGACUAUGAGCUGGCGUGGAGAAGCCGACAGAAUAUAGCAGACGGCUGGAUUCGACAAUGCUGGCAACCGUGGAAGGAGUUCGUUGCGACGAACGACGAACACCGUAAUGCCUGGAGGGAGCUCAAUUCGUUCUUGAACACGUUACGUCUGGAGCACAUACAACAUGACUGCAGUACUGACACUGGUGUUUUCUUCCGUGGCGAUCUGGUCAUCUAUCAUCCUUCACACUCAUUGAAUGAGCAUGUAUGCCGUACAUUUGUUCUUAAUGACGACGAAAAGAAGGGAAUUGCCCACAUAAAUGAGGUUGCUUUUCAGGAGGCUUUUGGCUAUCCUUGGGCACUGCAAGAAACGGAUUCCAUGAUCGAAGUGGGUUACUUUGAAGUCAUUGGCAAAGCAUUACAGGUUAUAAUGACAUACGCUUGUGACGAAAACAAGCUCGACCUAGUCAAAGAACAUUUUGAUAAAUGGAGACGUGUUUGGAGUGAAUGUGGAACUCACUUGACGUUGGAAUGCAGGCGUUUGUAAACGUUGGGGCGGGUCCAUAAGACGCAGUUGUGAGCCAAUCAGACUGGCUAAUGGGGCUUCGAAACAACAUCGGUGGAUGUGUCAAAGUAUCAAUUGAGCAUUGCCUUCACCCCCAUCUUGACGGGAUUGCGAAUGUGGAACCUUCGUCAUCUUGUGCACUCUCGCUGCCUUCGACCAGCAUUUGUGCCUCUGAGGCAUGGCCUAACAAUCGCUCACAGAAGUUUCAGUCGUAUUUCGCGACUGCAACACGAACCUACGUGUUUAUAAUCAUCUGCAUGAGAUGCAGAGAACAGGACGAUCUACCGUACACACACGCUACAACCUGAGAUUUCUCGGUUUCGUGCGCGGGCCGCGACCGGUACCGGUA